CGGCGGCCAAGGGGAAACCGGCGCCGCCCCGCCCGCCCGCCCGGCCGUCAGCUGAUGGGCCGCCCGCCCGGGAGGCCGCCGCCGCGCGAACAUGGCGGCCGAGAUCCACUCCAGGCCGCAGAGCAGCCGCCCGGUGCUGCUGAGCAAGAUCGAGGGUCACCAGGACACCGUCACCACCGCGCUGCUCAUUCCCAAGGAGGACGGCGUGAUCACAGCCAGCGAGGACAGAACCAUCCGCGUCUGGCUAAAGAGAGACAGCGGUCAGUACUGGCCCAGCAUCUACCACACCAUGGCCUCUCCUUGCUCUGCUAUGGCUUACCAUCAUGACAGCAGACGGAUAUUUGUGGGCCAGGAUAACGGAGCCGUAAUGGAAUUUCACAUAUCUGAAGAUUUUAAUAAAAUGAACUUUAUCAAGACCUACCCAGCUCAUCAGAACCGGGUGUCUGGGAUUAUCUUCAGCUUGGCUGCAGAGUGGGUGGUCAGCACCGGCCAUGACAAGUGUGUCAGCUGGAUGUGCACGCGGAGCGGGAACAUGCUGGGGAGACACUUCUUCAAUUCCUGGGCUUCGUGUUUGCAGUAUGACUUGGAUACGCAGUACGCGUUUGUUGGUGAUUAUUCUGGACAGAUCACCCUGCUGAAGCUUGAACAGAAUACGUGUUCAGUCAUUACAACCCUCAAAGGACAUGAGGGUAGUGUCGCCUGCCUCUGGUGGGACCCGAUUCAGCGGUUACUCUUCUCAGGAGCAUCUGACAACAGCAUCAUCAUGUGGGACAUCGGAGGAAGGAAAGGCCGGACACUCUUACUGCAGGGCCACCAUGACAGGGUGCAGUCUCUGUGUUACCUUCAGCUCACGCGGCAGCUCGUCUCCUGCUCCUCGGAUGGUGGGAUCGCAGUGUGGAACAUGGACGUCAGCAGGGAAGAGGCUCCUCAGUGGUUAGAAAGUGAUUCCUGUCAGAAAUGUGAGCAGCCCUUUUUCUGGAACAUAAAACAGAUGUGGGACACAAAGACCCUGGGGCUGAGGCAGCACCACUGCCGGAAGUGUGGGCAGGCCGUCUGCGGGAAGUGCAGCAGCAAGCGCUCCAGUUACCCCGUCAUGGGCUUCGAGUUUCAAGUCCGGGUCUGUGAUUCCUGUUACGACUCCAUCAAAGAUGAGGAUCGAACUUCUCUAGCGACCUUUCAUGAAGGAAAACACAACAUUUCCCACAUGUCCAUGGACGUUGCCAGGGGACUGAUGGUGACCUGCGGGACCGACCGUGUUGUAAAGAUCUGGGACAUGACGCCGGUGGUGGUCUGCAGCCUGGCAACUGGGUUUUCUCCACAUUGAUCCGGGAGCUGGGCGAUGUCCACACCUUACCAACAGCAACUCCACCAAAUGAAACUUCCCACAUAGCUCCGACGUCACUGUCUCGUAAUGGACAGACAGUAGCCACUUAAAAACAAAUCAGCAUUUUUACAAUGAAGAAAAUGUAAAGAUGUGUUUUGGGGCAUUUGUGGAAAUUACCUGUGGGGACUAAUGUGGAAAAGGUCUGUGUGUAAUGGCUCCCUGAGGGAUGGAAUUACUUCAGCGAAACUUCCUCAUGAAAAGUAUGCUAAGGUGUAAAGACGGAAUUAUCUAGUAAAUGAGUGUUUUAGCCUGGAAAAAGUUGAGCAAAAAAGUCAACACUUAGAACAUUUUAAAGCAGUCCCAGCUACAGACAUACUUCCCCUCAGGGGCUUCCUGAGGACUCCCAGGGCUCUGCGGGAGGAGCAGGAGUUGGCGGGGAGGAGGACUGGUUCUCUCCUGAGGGGUGGCAAUAGGAACUUAGGAAACCAGAGAUCUCUCCUUAUGUCCUGGCAGGAUGUGAAUAUCCUCUAUACUUAGUUAUUAUAAACUUCUUACAGACGCCUAUUCUUUUGGGGUAGUGCUAUGAUCUGCACUUAGCAUUCGGCUCCCUCCAGUUGGUUCUCUUCCCAGCCAUUGCACCAUGGAUGAAAUUUUGCAGUUGUUUUUGAGUAAGUUGUACAGUUUCUGUAGUGACCAAGGCAAUCCGCAUUCUUCCUUCUCCCCCAAAAUGUGCUCUGAGGUCAAAAAUGUUUUUAUGGUGCUGUGAACAUAGGAGUCAAGGAGUCACUCAAGCUGCCUGGCUUUCCCUCAUCACAGUAACAACUAAUGGAAAACCCAGCAACCAGCAUGAUUGUGACGGGAAAUGAUCAGUCUGUCCCGUGGGCCAGCCCACCCUCCUGACUGCCACCUGCUGCCUGCAGUUCCGAGAUGAGACUCUCAGAUACUGUGGCAAUUUAAUAUCAUCUUCAGGAAAGUACUCUAUAGCUUUUAAACCGUUCUGACUUUUAGCUGGAACCAGUAGUAUUCAUAUGUCAGAGUAGGAAAUUGGUGACCCAGAGCUGUAAACAUCAGUCAGUUCUUGCAUAGUAAUUUUCACCUUGUAAAUUGCUUUCAUAACCACUAGGAAAAACCAUUGUGCAUGGUGGCGUUUCUAAAGCUUCUGGGCCCCGAGUACUAGGAUGAGAAAGAUAUCUGAACAGGUUCAUGUCUUUUCAUAUGCUAAUAUCUAUGUGAUUUUUUUUUUUUUUAAACUAUAGUUCAUGUAUCACUGGAGGACUGUGGUAGUGAGUGGAGAAGGCCCAACUUUUUUAAAGGACAAAUAUAAAAAUAGAUAGCAACAGUAGCUUUGUUAUUCUUAGCAAUGUAUUGAUUUUAAAAAUCUCAGGACUUCCCCUGUCUGUGUCUGGAUCGUGUUGGAAGAACGUAGUCAUUCAACAUGAUAAAACUGAGGGACUGGGCCUGUUUUAUACCAGGUCUUAGAGGUACUAAGAAGUUUAAGACAGGCAGUUAAACUAAGAUGUGUUAAUGGCUGUGGGACACAGAUAAUAAGGGAAGGAGGCAAGGCACAUUGUGUUCUGGAAUGAUUUAUGAAAAGUUGACUUGUCUUCAGAAAUAAGGCAAAGGGUUUUGUUGCUUCUUAUAAUUGUCAUGUUAUAUCACCUGAAAAAGAUAAACUUUCCUGGACUCUUUUAUUUAUUUUUUUUAAUUUUUGCUUUCAAUUUCAGCUAGCUUUCACUCUUUUUAAUUUGAUGGGUUUUUUUCUUAUUUUCUUUCUUUCUUUCUUUCUUUUUUUUCUGUUCUUCCUUUAGCGAUUCUCUUGCCCUUUGCCUCCCAAGUAGCUGGGAUUACAGGCGCCGGCCACAAUGCCCGGCUUUUUUUUUUUUUUUUUUUUGUAGAGAUGGGGUUUCGCUCUGACUCACUCCUGCUCAUACUGGUCUCGAACCUCUGAGCUCAGGAAAUCCACCCACCUCGGCCUCCCACAGUGCUGGGACUACAGGUGUGAGCCACCACGCCCGGCCUCCCAGACACUUUUAAACAUACAUAUUGUUAACAUAGUUUAGUAAAAUUAAGUGAUGGUAACUUUUCAACCACAGUGUUAAGUGUUAAGCUUCCUGUAUAAAUUUUAGUCCCGUUAAUGGUUCAGCCCAAACAGUGGUGCUAUUCUGGGGGUUUUAUUAAGUCCUGAGAGGAAAUUAGAACACAAGCAAUUCCUUGCCCUGUGGAAGAGUGCUGAACUGUGAUUUUGUUUUCUCUUAACUUCUGUAAAAUGUGACUUCUUAAUAUCUGUGGUAGAUUGAACAGAAUAUCAUGGCUGCUGAGAGUACUCCAUAGCUUUCACACUUGUUUUAUUUUGAGAAAUUCUUUAUGAAAAACCCUGUGUUCCAUGGAGAACAUAAAGUUGUUAUAGUGCCUCCUGAGGGGUUAAGUUAAUAUAAAUCAAGGAGGGAAUUUAUAUUUAAGGAAGAAUUGAAGUGAGGUAUCUUAGGAAAGGAAAGGAGAAUGUUUUGCUAUAGCUUGCUCUGCAUCCUGGCCCAGUUUCUUUUUUCUGUUUAAAGACACAUAUGCCAGGCUUAUCUUAUAUAUCAGGUUUUAGGUAGCAAAGGGGUAAUAUUUUUUAUAGAGGUGGGCGAAAAUUAUUUUCUCAAUUGUACUGACGAGACUCAGAGAGAAGGUACAGAUAGGCUUAUAGCUCUUGCCUUAUUUUGAUUGCACUUCUCUUAAAUGGGUCGUUUAAAUUAGUUCUUCAAGUAACAGUUUACUGGUCUUUCCAUUCCUGAAUAUGCAAGCUCAUUUGUACCAGUAGGGAUAAAGGAGUGCAGAAUAGUAGAGAAGAAGCUUAUAUUUAAUCUAGUGUUGUAGGAUAAGGAAAUGCCAAUUCUUCAUUGUAAACAUGUUUUUAAAUUGCUCUUUAUUAGUCCAAGUGAUAGCAAUACCCUUAUGGCAUUAGUAGAAACAAAUUAUUCAUUAUGUUGUAAAUCUCUGUUUACUGUGUGUAGCUGGGUCUCACUAUAAAGAGAAGAUGAACAAAAAAUAUCUGCUCUAGUGUAUCACUUUGUUCUCCCCUAAAGAAUUCGGGUUGUUAGUAUCUAUAUUUUUAAACUGUUGAAAGUGAUCCAAAUAUGUAAUAAAUGCCGUAGGAGCUCUGAUCCAAGGACAUAUUUUUCUAAAAUCAGUUUUCUACUUCCGUUACUGGUAUCUCCUAAAAUGUAAGAAACCAAUUACUGUAAUGCUAUAUUUAUUCAAGUGUCUAUUGCUUAAUUGUUAAUUGUGAACAGAUUAUUGAAUGCCUACUCUAUUUUCUGCCGUUUACAAUAUAAUAACUCUUUGAGUCUGCUAAAGUUUAAUUGUGCAACAAAUUUCCAUUGGAUUACAGUUUAAAGUGUUUUCUCUAUAGCCUUUUUUGAUUGGGGAAGCAAAAGCUAAUGUUUAAUUCGUACAUUCUGUUCUCGUACUGGCUAUGUUUCUACAAGACGCGGUGCCCAGUGUAUCCCAGAGAUGCCAGAAAACUUUGUUCUUUGCUCCUAUUUGUGGGUUCUGUUUUUGUGGGGGGUUUUGAGACUAUGCAUACGAUAAAAUACUCCUUGCUUGUUA